CAUUUCAACCUUCAAAUGUAUCUCUCUGUUAUAUGUCGUCUUCAGUGAAAGAUAGAGUGCGGUAGCCACCAUCAACACAAGAACAACAAAGGCAACCCCUGAUGAUGUAGCUGCAUAAAUACAGUGUACAGGUAAUCCGCACAUUGUCUUAUGAUAGAAAGCCGUAGCUUACAGAUUUAAUGGGGAUAAGAGAAUGUAGGAGUGAGAAUAGCUAAAUAAUCUAUCUGUAGCAGAUACAUUUUUUUGUUCCAAAAAAAAAUGUGUAGCAGAAGGAAAAUUUGAAUUGAAGUAGUACCUGCAAUGAUUUUGACAUGUGAACCUGCAAAUACGAAAGAAGAAAAUAAGAUCUCAUUGAUGGUUUAGUAGUACAUAAAAGGCAAAAUAACUUUGUUUUGAAAUGAAGGCAGAAUAUCUGUAUGAGUAGGAGGAAGUACGUAAGACCAACAUUGUUACAUGGCCAGUGGGAUAGGAUAAAGUUUGGUUUUCUAGGAACAUCCUAUUAACGUUAGUAUAUAUGUAAAAGAUAAAUGGUCUUUACAUUCAUCUGAUAUCAUCAAAAGCCAUAUUCCUGUUGGAAAUAUAACAUGAGAAGCAUUUUUUUGCAUGGUGCUAUCUCUGGUGACUAACAAGAGUCAUUAAUGGAGAUUGAUUAGGGUAAGGUAGUGUGUAUAAAGGUUACAAAAGCAUCUAUUUCUCACCUCAUGGUCACCGGUCUGUCAUACCGGCCCGCAUCAUCUGAUAAAACUAGAGGACAUGUUGAACAUGCAUAAUUUUACAUUGCUACGGUUUUGGGUUUUUUUUCUUAGCAAUUAAGUUGGGCCCUAUGCAUAUCCAUUGGAAUGUUAGGACUUCGCACAAUUCUGAAACUUGUAAACAUUUAACUACAUGUUGCUAGGGGAAACAUGCCAUUAUUCCCUUUAUAGGUAGUUAGUCUAAUUUGUGUGAUUCUGUUGCGCUAUGCUGUAUUGAUUCAGAAAAAUAUGAUAGCAGAGAAUCUCCUGGAAGUUACAAGAUUCAAGCAGAAGUAAAUAACUGAAUUAUAAAAACUGCAGAUCUGAGAGCAUUUAAAGUAUUAAACUAUGUUAAGACAUAAAAUAGGUUUUGUUCUGUUAGAAACGAUACCGUGAGGAUGAGGCACACAAAAUGUUUGAUUCCUUUGUGAGCUGAAUGCGCAGGGUCGCCCAUCUUGUUCGCACCGUGUGCAGUUGAAGGCAACGGAUGAUGACCCUGUAUACCAGCAGACUUUCAUCUCAUAAAAUCUCUGGGCCUCUUCUUCCAGCUGCCAAAGCUCUGGGCUACCUAAUAUCGGAAUGACAACAUCUGAGAUGACUCUGCAGUUCAAUGGAAGAACAUACACGGGUUGUUUAGCAUUCACCAAAUAUGAGAAGUGGGUUGCGUUGCUAAGGCAGGAGAAUGGGCUAGCCAUAAAAUUGUGAAUUGGCGGGAUCUCCCUUGAACAGCCUAAAAGCUUUCCUGGUUCACCGUAGAGACUACACUGAUGGCUGGAGUUGGCUGGUACACUUUGCGAGAUGAACUUCUGAACUUUAUGGCAUGCUUGCACAAGCGGGGCGAUGCUAAGUGUGGCAUGGCUAUAAUCUAUGGCAGUGACAUUGAAUGGGCCAAGAAAUGGGUGAAGUAGGACAGUGUCUUGGCCAGAGCAUUCUAUCUUCACGCAUGUUGCUCCACAUGAUGAAUUGCUGGAUUCAAGUUGGAGCGGAAACCGGAUCUCAGGCCCAUUUUUGCUGCACCGGGACCAUGGGCACUGUUUGAAGAAAUCUUGGUCACCCCACACUGUUGAAGCUGUGGCCAUGUCGAUUCCAUGGCUGAGAAGAAAAGCUAUGAGGAUGGCUAUGGAAAGAAAUUUAGUCAUCUCUCUGUUGAACCGGAGAUGGAAAGGUAAAGGUGAAGGCAGGGCAAUAGCAAGACAAUACAACUCUUUGUAUGAGUAAGAAAAAAUGACCUCUUUAAAAUGGAAUAUCUAAAUGAUUGGCGAUUAUUGAUGAAAUUAACAGAGCCACUUGUGUUGAGCUGGUAGCCUUGUGCCCGAGGAGAAUUCUGGUUGUGAAUGCAGCCUCCAGCCGUGUUAUAGUGGUCUGAGUGUGACUGUAGACUUGCUGCAGUCCAAUCAUCAGCGAGGGGCAAGUUUGGAAAUAAACAAGCAAUUGGGUGAGGAAAAGUCGCUAUGUGGAAAUAUUUCUAAGCUGUCAUGUUCAAAUGGUCACACGCUGGGUAUGGACAGAACAUGCAUCUAUCGUGGCACCAAAAUUCCAAAUUGAAAUUGAAUACAACUUGGACUUACUCAUCUUGGUUUGCUGUAAUGGAGAAGGACAUGAAGGUGAAGCUGCGGAGAUGGACAUGAACGUGAAGCUGCGGAGAAUACCAAUUUUCAAUGCAGCCUCCUGCCGUGUUACAGCUGUCUGAGUGUGAUUGUAGACUUGCUCGAGUCCAGUCCCGUCCCAUCUUAUCUGCUAGAGGGGUUGCGGAAAUAAAUAACUGAUUGGGUGAGGAAUAGUUGCUAUGUGAGAAUAUUUCCAAGCUGUAAUGUUCAUGUGGCCGCACUGCAGGCAGAUGUGGACAUUUUCAAAAGAUAAAUCUAUCAUCCCCAAGAAAACACAAAUCCAUGUUCAGCACAAUUUGUAUUGGCCAUUCUUCGAAGAAGAAUUUGUCGUGUAUUUCCUUGAUAGGAUUAGAAUAUUGUGGCAGAAUAAGUGCAUCUUCUGUAAAGAUUGUCAAGUUUAAUUCAUAUGCCAUUUCAGUAGCACCUUAUGAGAUGACAGCACAAAUUUCUUUUGGGGUGUUACGGAAACUGUUUACUGGCUUUCUCCUGACCUUUGUGGCUUGGAGAAAGAAUACACGUCCUUGAUAUGUCUUUGGAAAGUGACUGCCACCUGUUAUACUCUUGUUUCUUUUUCUAUCAUAAGGACGACAGAAUCGUAGCAUUACAAGAGUGCACUUGAAAAGAAGGCAGAACAAGAGCGAACCAUGGCAACUCCUGGUGAGGCUCGUGGUUCUGCUACCUUGAAGGCCAUAACAUUCUUUUGUGUGCUUGCAGUUCUUGUAGCUGAUAUCCAGGGGCGUCAUCAUCAUACUUGUCCUCCUUUUUCUUGCGGCCAUCUGCAAGACGUCCGGUACCCUUUCCGCCGGAGAGGUGAUCCAGGCGAGUGCGGAGUUACAUAUUACGAGCUGGCUUGCACCGAUAGCAGGGCUACCAUUACGAUCAACAGCUGGCCAUACUUUGUGACUGAGAUAAAUUAUGCCAAUUCUUCCUUCUUGGUUGUCGAUGCUAGAUUGGACUUGAGCAGCAGCUGCCCUGUUCCUCAACGGAACCAGGGGGCUUACCAGCUGUAUUACGGUGGUGGCUUUUUGAGGUCAGAAGGCUCGGAGUUAAUGCUUGAACUGGCCCCUCCCUCUUCAAUUGCGUUGGCUACCUUUGUGAAUUGCUCGCGUGAGGUCAGGAACAAUACUCUCUACUCACCAGUUGCUUGCCAUAGCACGAGCUCCUCUUUUGUUUAUGUGCUGAUUGGUGAUCCCACCGACAUUUUCGCCCUCAAGCCUUCCUGUGGAUACCUGGGCCUGGCUGUGAUUGUUCUGGAAGGCGAGAGAUCGCCAUAUUAUGCAAAUUAUCGAGAUGUCAUGGAAUCCAUGAGAAACGGAUUCGCAGUUAGUUUUCCGCAAGAUUUUGCAUGUACUACAUGUGGCUUUGAACAACCCUUGCCGUUGCUCAGUAUUGGCGAAUUAAUCAGUGGAAUGAAGUCUAGAAGAUACACGUGGGAAAAGAUUUUGGAACUUUUGCUAACUCGUUUGUUUCCUCGCAUAACUGGAAAAUAUGCAUAUGCAGCAAUUCCCAUGUGGAUUGCCCAGUGGAUUGCAAUAACUGCUGUACUAUGCAGGUUCAUGCUGCCGCCACUGGUGGUAUUGACAUUCCUUGCCUACAAGUACUGGAGAACAAGGAUAACAAUUGAUGCAGUCGAGAAGUUCUUGCGGAUGCAACAAAUGGUGGGCCCAAUCAGGUACAGCUACACAGACAUCACCGCAGUAACAAGGCAUUUCAGAGAUAAAUUGGGCCAAGGGGGCUAUGGCUCAGUCUACAAAGGUGUUCUUCUCCCAGGAGAUAUCCAUGUUGCUGUUAAGAUGCUAGCAGGUAGCUCCAACUGCAACGGAGAAGAUUUUAUUAGUGAGGUCUCCACCAUUGGCAGGAUCCACCAUGUCAAUGUGGUCCAUCUCAUGGGGUUCUGCUCGGAGGAAAUGAGAAGGGCCCUGAUCUAUGAGUACAUGCCUAAUGGCUCUCUUGACAAAUACAUCUUUUCGUCGGAGAGGAGCUUCUCUUGGGACAAGCUCAAUGAGAUUGCCUUGGGGAUUGCAAGGGGUAUCAACUACCUGCAUGAGGGGUGCGACAUGCAGAUUUUGCACUUCGACAUCAAGCCGCACAACAUUCUUCUCGAUACCAAUUUUGUCCCGAAAGUUGCUGAUUUCGGCCUGGCCAAACUGUACCCAAGGGAUGACAGCUUUGUGCCGUUGAGCGCUAUGCGGGGAACCAUUGGGUACAUAGCUCCUGAGAUGGUAUCCCGGAGCUUUGGUGUGGUAUCCAGUAAAUCUGAUGUUUACAGCUUCGGGAUGCUGCUACUGGAAAUGGCAGGAGGACGCCGGAAUGCUGAUCCGAAUGCAUCAAACUCAAGCCAGGCGUACUACCCGUCCUGGGUGUACGACAGGCUAACAAGGCAACAAGAAGUGGCUGUGAUAUCUGCGGCAGAUGAGAUGCACGAGUUGGAGCGGAAGCUUUGUCUCGUUGGGCUAUGCUGCAUCCAGAUGAAGUCUCAGGAUCGGCCGACGAUGAGCGAGGCCAUAGAGAUGCUCGAAGGUGGCGUUGAAGGCCUGCAUGUGCCUUCCAGGCCAUUCUUCUGUGACGAUGAGCACGCCCCUGUAGCUGCUGGUUCUCACCACGUCUUCUCUGAGCUGACUACUCUGUCGGAGGAGGAGGAUUUUGAUGGUGCUUCUACGCAAGACAACAGCGCUGGUCUUAGAAAUGCAGAGUAGUCAGUAGAGUGGGUUCACGGUUCAGUGAGAUUUACUUGUUUUUACACUUUUGUAGCAGUGCCGUGUACGGUAUGUACUAUGAUUGAAAUCUUGCCGCUGUACGUGGAUGUGCCUGACAAAUACUCCCUCCGUUCCCAAAUAUAAGUCUUUCUAGAGAUUUCAACAAGUGACUACAUAUGGAGCAAAAUGAGUUAAUCUACACUCUAAAAUAUGUUUACAUACAUAUGUAUGUUGUAAUCUAUUUGAAAUGUCUAAAAAGACUUAUAU